CUGUAUUAACACUUCCGGAAAAUGGACCAAUCGAAAUCUUUGUUAGGGAGAAGUGGGUAUUUUGAAAAUGUCAGAAAGCAAAGACGAAGCUACAAGUAAACAAACGCCAAACGAAGUACUUUAACAGAUUAAAUGUGAUGAAAUGAAAAAACCCUUUUAUGACGUAGUUUGAAUGUUGUUUUGUUAAUGAAUGACACCAUGACACUGGGACAAAGGAAACGUGUACCAAGUUAUGCAGAAGUGGUGGCGACGCCCCCUCGCAAAUCAACAGAUUUACCUGAAUCUUCAGGGGCCAGUAAUAGUAAGGUCAAGGUCGUGGUAAGAAUCCGACCAGAGAAUGCAGCAGAAGGGGGAAGUAAUUCCCGUGUAGUGGUUAAGGCUAUGAAUGAAAAUGUAUUAGUAUUUGACCCAAAAGAACAAUCGUCGCCUGGAUAUGGCUACCGGAACCGACAUCGUCGGAGAGAUAUCCGAAAGAAGCAGUGUAAGGAUUUGAAAUUUGCCUUUGACCAUGUUUUUGACCAGAAUUCGGCAAAUCACAAUGUGUACGAAGAAUCAACCAAACAAAUUCUGGAUGGGCUGUUGGAAGGCUACAACUGUUCAGUGUUUGCCUAUGGAGCCACUGGUGCCGGUAAAACUCACACCAUGUUGGGUAACCCACAACAGCCUGGCGUCAUAUACCUCACUAUGAUGGACUUGUACACACGGAUAGCUGCCAUUCAGGAUGAGAAAAUCUGUGAUGUGGCUGUGUCCUAUCUUGAG